AUGUCCGCUGAAGUCUCCCACGGUCGCGGCGGCGCAGGCAACUUCAAGCCUGAUGAUACCGAGUAUGUCGACGGCGAGGUUGUUCGAACUGGCGUUGUUGGAAGCCACGGUGAUGGCGCGUACAGUUCUGGUCGUGGAGGCAAGUCAUUCCUAGCAUUGUACCAUUUCCGCAAUGUCCUGAUGUUGCAUUUACACAACAACACACGAUCAGCUGUCACAGAGCUCAGACAAGUCGCUAAUACAACUUCAUCAGGUGCUGGUAACAUCGCUGACAUAGGCACACCCGCCACCGAGCGCAAGGAUGUGGACAUCAUCCCCGAGACUGCUGUCCGACCAAGCCAAGAUGGCCGAGACUACCAUACCGGUCGUGGAGGUGCUGGCAACGCGCAGACCGCAGGUUCUGAGAAGGAGUCCGAGGAGCACGAGAAGCCUGCGUUCAAGACCCCUGUUGGCCUUGCUGACAAGCUCAAGUCCAAGAUCUUCGGCAACAAGAAGUAG